AUGGAUGGUGAAAAGCUGGAAAUAGAGCCAUGGGACUAUCUUGAAUGCUACAUCAGCAAACCAGUGCUGGGAACGUGCGAGCAGGUCGAGAUUCCAUGUCGUCGAAAAGAUGAGGAUGCGGUUUGGGUUGUCUACGCCGCCAUCGUCCUGAAGAAACUGCUCACCAGCUCCUGCCUGCUGGGUCUCUCAGUAGCGUUUACCUGCAUAGAAUCAGACGGCCACUUCCAGCAUGAAACCCGAUGCGACCUCUACUACUGGUGUGUCGGGGGUGUCGCGCACGUCACCCACUGCCCACCCGGAUCAUUCUUCAGCACCAUCACCAACUUCUGCAACUGGCCGUACGCCGUCUCUGGCUGCAGUGAUGACGGAGCAAGAACUGAUGUAGGAGGUGGUGGUUGGAGUCAGCCCCAACCUCAACCUCAGCCUCAGCCUCCCCGUCAGCCCCCACAGCAUCUCAACAGCUGGGAGCAGGAUAACCACAGGUGGAACGACCAGGGAUGGGACAGCUACAUGGCCAAAGCUUUAACAGGUGUUCUGUCCAAGGUCAAGUCAAGUGGAAGACAGAAGCGUGAAGCUGACGUGAAAGGGUUCCAGUGCCCGUCUUCCCACGGCUACUACCGUCACCCGACCACGUGUAACGAGUACAUCUGGUGCGUGAACAGCGUACCCCGUCUCCAGGCUUGUCUAGGAGAUAACCUCUUCAAUUACGACAUUAAGCGGUGCGACCAACGCAAUAAAGUUUUUGGUUGCGAUGGUAACCAGAGAACAGACCAAGGGUUCCAGUGCCCGUCUUCCACCGGCUACUACCGUCACCCGACCACGUGUAACGAGUACAUCUGGUGCGUGGACAGCGUACCCCAUCUCCAGGCCUGUCUAGGAGAUAACCUCUUCAAUUACGACAUUAAGCGGUGCGACCAACGCAAUAAAGUUUUUGGUUGCGAUGGUAACCAGAGAACAGACCAAGGGUACCAGUGCCCCACCUCCUACGGGUAUUUCCGCCACCCCACAAGCUGCCGUGAAUACAUCUGGUGUAUUGGGAGUGUACCCAACAGGAUGGAAUGUGAGGGAGAGAACCUGUUCGACUACAAUAUCAGAAGGUGCAACAAGCCUUGGGUGGUGAAAGACUGUGACAACAGCGCCAGGAGAAUAAACCCUGAGAGGACGCCAUUUAAAUCUUCAACUCGGUUGUCAAGAACGAAGCGCAGCAUCUUCCAAGGUUUCCAGUGCCCCAAUUCCUAUGGGUAUUUCCGUCACCCAACGAGUUGUCGUCAGUACGUGUGGUGUGUGGAUGGAAUACCCAGGCUGAUGGAAUGCAACGGCGGAAGCGUCUUUGACAUCUCCAUCAAAAGAUGCAACUUCCCGUCACAAGUGAAAGGCUGCAGUGGAGGAGAGAGAAGGACCGACCCAGAGGGAACCCCGUUUACCCACCUGGGUCUCCAUCCUGUUGAAGAGCCAGAAUACACAUGUGAGGGCGAGGAGGACGGUCUGUGGGGGCACCCCAAAAACUGCUCAAUCUACUACCAUUGUAACCGGGGCAAGGGGACGCGGUUCACCUGUAGUCCUGGGACGUUCUUCAACCCAUCCACGUUAGUGUGUUCCUGGCCGGGGGAAGUUCAUGAUUGUGCCAAAGACGGAACCGUCAAGGAAUUCUUUUUUAGAAAACGAAGGAGUGCUUAUCUCAAGCGAGAAACGAAAGACAAUCACCGACCCCACGGGAAGGAUGAUGAACUCCCAUUCCUCAUCCCAGAAGAAACAUACCCCUGCCCCAUUACGGAUGGCUAUUACCCCCACAAGACGAACUGCUCCGUGUACUUCCGCUGUACCCAGGGUAAAUCUACCCGCUUUACCUGUAACCCUGGUACGUUCUACCACGCCAGGAUAUUCGGGUGCUCCUGGCCGGACCACGUUCUAGAAUGCGACAGUGAAGGCAACAGAAAGGAGCGGGUCAAACGGAAGAGGAGAAGUAUUUUCUCUGAACCUGGACAAAAGGAAGCACCACUCAGAGGAUUCCGCUGCCCCUUCAUGGACGGAUAUUACCGCCACCCCACCGACUGCACCUCCUACUUCUGGUGUGUCAACCGGAAGUCAACCAAAUACAGCUGCGCUAACGGAACCUUCUUCAACCCUAAGAUGAAGCUGUGCACCUGGCCUGCCCAGGUGACUGACUGCGAUAUGGACGGCGUCCGGAUCUCCCACAGCCCAUACCAGUCCAGUACGUAG